GCCUGAGAGACAAUGCGAGGGGGCGAGGCAACAAAGUAAAGCAUUUUGCGUAUUGAGCGCCGCGCUAGCCGAAGCUACAGCGCUCGGACAGAGGUCGGGUCGGAGCCGCAGCGGGAUGACGCCGUCUCUCCGUUGCGCCGGCUGAAUGACUUGAGUUCAGCAUCCUCGACACUUCCUGUUGGUCUCAAGCUGUCAUCCGUGCAUCCAGCCACAUCUGCUGACAGCAGACACAUCCGGGCAACAGGGGGGCAACAGGGGGGUCUGCCCUCUCUGAACACAGGAAUCCAGAGGGUGAUGGUGAAACACUUCGCUGCAUAUAGUCCCCCAAGGAUAUGAGCAUGUUGAGCUGUAGAGGCUAAAUGCUCUUGUGGACAGUAGUAAUAAUAUAAUGGCCCUGGGACCUCCUACCUGAAGGAGCAAUUAUUCACCUAUCUGCCCCGGUCCAGCAGGUAUUCACAGCCUGUCUGUUGAGAACCGGUUUGCCACAGGAAUGCCUCUUUGCAGCUUUCCGAUUCACUUUCAGAUCACUUUGCUCCGCGGUGAAGGCAGGAUAAACUGACUCUUGUUGACAAAAGGUGGUGACACCUCCCUGUGAAGUGUUUUCUUCCUCGCGUUCACAACUACAAGCUCCCCUAUCGUCAGGGUGUCCUGCAAAAAUGACGGCAGAGUGGGGUGAGAAAUCCUCAGCGGACCUCAUGAGCAGGUAUGUCUCCAAGGAAAUGGGAUACGGAGUGCCCAAGGAGGGUUGGCGUAUCUGCCUGGCACAUGAGUUCAAGGAGAAGAGAAAGCCCUUUCAAGCAAAAGAUGUCUCGCUGUCCAACGUCUUGGAGCACAUCGGCCUUGGAAUCAGGUAUCUAAAAUGGUGGUACAAGAAGACCCAGGUGGAAAAGAAAGCCCCGUUUAUUGAUAUGUUUGGUGCACAACCCUUGCGUCAAAUAUAUGGUGCUCCUCUCGGGGGCAUUGGAGGAGGUACCAUCACGAGAGGCUGGAGGGGGGAAUUCUGCAGAUGGCAACUUAACCCUGGGAUGUACCACUACAAAACUGUCACAGCUAACCAGUUCACAGUGUGUUUGCGUCGCGGGGGGCAAACAGUUUACCAGCAGGUGCUGUCUGUAGAGCGUCCUCCCACAUUACAAGGCUGGAACUGGGGCUAUUGUGGAGAGUAUGCCUUCUAUCACGCCUUGUACCCCCGUGCCUGGACCGUCUACCACCUGCCGGGACAGAAUGUUACCUUAACCUGCAGACAGAUUUCCCCAGUCAUCCCCCACGACUACCAGGACUCGAGUCUGCCAGUGGCAGUAUUUGUGUGGGACAUUGAGAACAAGAAUGACUACGCUCUGGACGUCUCCAUCAUGUUCACUGUGGUCAAUGGGUCGGGACACAAGGACGACAAGAACGGGGGACACUGGAAUGAACCAUUCCACUUGGAGAAGGAGGGGGAGGCGGUGUCUGGGGUCUUGCUACAUCACUGCACUACAGUGAACCCUUACACUAUGUGCAUCGCAGCCCGAGAACAGCCUGACAGGGAGGUCAGUCACCAGACAGCGUUCAGUCCAAAGGGAACCUGCAGCGGCCUGUGGAGUGACCUCAUCACUGACGGACGACUGGACUCUCCCACAGGAUCCAGCCCUCCGACGCCUAAGGGAGAGAAGGUGGCGGCAGCGUUGGCUGUGGGCUGCUCAGUGUCGGCUCAGAGCCGCAACACCCUGGAGUUCUGCCUGUCCUGGGACAUGCCCAAAAUCACCUUCGGCUCGAGGGAGAGGGAACACAUCAGGAGGUACAGUCGUUACUUUGGGACCAAAGGGGAUGCAUCCCCCUCGCUCAGUCACUACGCCCUGACCCACUACAGACAGUGGGAGAAGAGCAUUGAGGAGUGGCAACGACCCAUACUACAGGACAGUUCUCUCCCCUCCUGGUAUAAGUCAGCCCUGUUUAAUGAGUUGUACUUUGUGGUGGACGGAGGGACGGUGUGGACGGAGCUACCAGAGGACGCUGAUGUCAGCGGUGGUGUGCGCAGCGAAGACGGGGGGCUGCCAGCUCAGCCCGCUGUCGUCAAGGAGUACGGACGUUUUGCCUACCUAGAAGGUCAGGAGUACAGAAUGUACAACACAUACGAUGUGCACUUCUACGCUUCCUUUGCACUUAUCAUGCUGUGGCCCAAACUCGCCUUGAGUGUGCAAUAUGAUAUUGCCGGCAGUGUGGUUCACGAGGACCCAACAGAGAGGAUGCAUCUGAUGAGUGGGCGGUAUUCUGCUGUUAAGGCCAAAAAUGUGGUGCCUCACGACAUAGGAGACCCAGAUGAUGAGCCAUGGCAGAGGGUGAAUGCCUACCUCAUUCACGACACAGCAGACUGGAAGGACCUGAACCUGAAGUUUGUCCUGCAGGUCUACAGGGAUUUUCAUCUCACCCAGGACAGUCAGUACCUGCGGGACAUGUGGCCUGUCUGCCAGGCGGUGAUGGAGUCGGAGCUGAAAUUCGACCUGGAUGGAGAUGGACUGAUAGAGAACUCGGGAUAUGCUGAUCAGACCUAUGAUGGUUGGACAGUGACUGGACCGAGUGCGUACUGUGGAGGGCUGUGGUUGGCGUCCCUGUGUGUGAUGUGUAAGAUGGCCAGACUGGUGGACAACGAGGAGACAUACCAACGUUACAGAGACCUCUUGGACAGGGGCAGCGCUGCUUUUGACAAACUGCUGUGGAACGGCAAGUACUAUAACUAUGACAGCAGUGGGAGAGACCUUUCUAAUAGUGUCAUGUCAGAUCAGUGUGCUGGCCACUGGUUCCUGAGAGCGUCUGGGCUGGGAGAGGGAGAAUACCAGGCUUUUCCAAAAGAAAAAAUCCAGAGCGCACUAAAAUCUGUCUUUGACUUGAAUGUAAUGAGCUUCGCUGGAGGCCAGAUGGGGGCAGUUAACGGCAUGCGUCCUGAAGGAGUGCCCGACCGCUCCAGUGUCCAGUCAGAUGAGGUCUGGAUUGGGGUGGUGUAUGGACUUGCAGCCACCAUGAUCCAUGAAGGUAUGAAGGAGGAGGGUAUGCGCACAGCGGAGGGUUGCUACCGGACUGUGUGGGAGAGGCUGGGCAUGGCGUUCCAGACUCCUGAAGCCUACUGUGAGAAGGGCAUCUACCGCUCUCUAGCAUAUAUGAGGCCUCUGAGCGUCUGGGCCAUGCAGCUAGCCCUGAACACCUCUGAGAAGGGUCAAACCACUUCAGCUCAGACUGGAGCCACGGACGGGGAGAAGGGACAGGAUUUGAGACAAAAUCAGAGCUAGGACCUGAGCCAUCAGACUGGUGUGAUUCGAGAGGUACAGCGAAAUUCUUCUGAAAAUGACCUCCAAAUUCUCCUGCAGUCAUCACCCUCAUCUGCAGGGCUCCGUUUGAUCGGUUACAGACCUUGAAUUUGAUUCUCUACUGUUUGAUUUGCUUCAAAUGUUUUGUAGUUUGAAGCUUGAGGUCUGAGAACUGUGACGGUUUAUGCUUGACAAAGUCAGUAGCUACUGUAGAUCAUGAUAUUGUUAGUUUAGGAGUUUUUCAAGAGACUGCUGAUGGUUCCUGAAUUUUAGAAGCCGUGCAGUGUCGGGUGGAAUCCAGGAAAUGUCAAAAUCGUAGCCAGUGUGUUUUACUAAUUAAAAAUUGACCUUGUGUUUCAGCAACAUAUUAUCUAUUUGCACGCAUGUAAACACAUGCAAGCACUACAGUUCAGUCAUGUCAAUAAUCAUGUUUGCAUACUUUGAACAAGUUUAUAUACUAACAAUUUGAGGGCUUAUGUGGUUUAUUAUACCAGCCAGUAGUCAUUAUUGUCUUUAACAUUUGAGUACAACAGAGGACCUGAGUCAAUCAAGACACAUCUGAAUAAUUUCUCAAUCAGAAAUAUAAACAGAAAAAUCUUCUUUUCUCACCACUUAAAUUUGAAUGCUGUACUAAGUGAAGUAAUAUUCGAUGAGUAGUGUUGGAAAUUAAGUGAAAAAAUUAUAUAUAUAUAUUUUUUCUUUUAAAAAAACAAACAUUUGGUGCCUUGUUGCAUGUUGGCCUAUAUCUACAGUAUAUGUUUUAUAAAAUCGGGUACUCAUGACAAUCAUGCUGAAUAAAUGAAUAAAUGAAUAAAUGACUGAAUACGAUAAAA